ACUGACGGGUGGUUUAAAAAUAAACAUGAUACGUGUAAUACAUCAGCAUAAUUAUAACCGCUUUCCAAACCUGAAUGUGACACAGUGUUUGUAGAUUCGAGACAGAAUUAUGUACAAGAAGACACAUUAGGUUAUACUACCAUAGCAAAAAAUUUACACCACUAGUAAUGUCAUCAGUAUUCUGUGAGCCAUGUCAAACCGAGGAAUUGUCUUCCCCUGCUAUAAAAUGGUGUACAAACUGUGAAGAAGCAUUGUGUACAGAGUGUGAAAGGUCACACAGGAAAAGUAAAGCGUCGAGAAAUCAUGUGCUGGUCGACCUUCUGUCAGCUAAAUCACUGCCAAAGGUUAAAGUGCAAGAAUGUUUGUCCCACGAAGAGCAAAAGCUCGAUUUAUUUUGUAUCGAUCAUGACGAACUUUGCUGUAGGUUAUGUAUGACAGAAAACCAUAGAACGUGUGCUAAAGUAGUCCCGGUAGAUGUUGUUGCGAAAGAUGUUAAGUCGUCUACAAUGGUUGCCCAUGUGUUACAACAGGCAGACGAUCUUCGCAACUGCUUAGGCAAUAUAUUGGAAAAGGCAGAAAAAGAAAGUAAGGAGAUAGAUCGACAAGGAAAAGAAAUAAGUGAACAAGUUUCUUCGUAUAAAAAUCAUAUCAUAGAUUUAUUGGAUGAGGCUGAGCAAUCAGUUAAAUCGGACAUUGAAGAAGUUUGUACAAAACAACGGACUAAUGUAACAGGCAUUCAAGAACAGGCUCUAGAUCAGAAAACCAAAAUCGAAUCCUAUUUAACCAAUCUCCAGGCACUUUCAAGCACUGAUUCAAAUGAACAAACUUUUCUUUUUGCACAUUAUUUAAAAUCAUUAUUAUCCGAGACCGAAAGUUUGAUUGAAAGUAAAAGAUUAACUUUUCACAGCCAAAUCAUAUCCUUCGAAGCAAAUAAAGAUAUAUUGAGCUCUGAAAAUAUCAUAGGUGAGAUUGGUUCAACAAUUAAGUCUAAUGAGAAUGAAUUAAUUACUGUUCCACGCCAUGGUGCACAAGCGAGUGGUAGCGUUUAUGAUAAUUCUACCAAGGAUAUUGCCAAAAAACUUGAAUUCACUUCGCGACUUGAGUUAACUGGUUCAGGCAACGAACAAAUCCGAGGGAUAGCUGUUUCGAAAAAUGGAAAGAUUGUUUUGUGUGACCACAAAAGUUAUUAUGUUUUACUCUGUUCCGCAGAGGGUAAAUAUCUAGAUAAAUGCAAUGUUAAAAGACAACCAUGGAAUAUUGUCAUUCUACAUGAUCUUAAUCAUGCUGUGGUGUCACUCACAGGAAAUAUACACUUUGCCAGUUUAGUUUCUGUUUCAGGACAUUUACAGUUUAUUGAUAUCAACACCAUGACAAGUUUGCGAGAAAUUAAGCUAGAUUUCGUACCAUUAGGUCUUGCCUUAGUGGGAAACUAUAUAUUAGCGGGAACAUGGAAUCAGAUAUAUAUUUUAAGUGCAAAUGGGUCAUCCGUAGGAUCUGAGAAAACAAACCGAAGUAGAUGUCCAGUUACGUAUAUUGCGCCCAAAACGUCUGGUUCAGUAGAUGAUUUAUAUUAUUCAACAACAGACUUUUUACUGCUAUGUUCUGAUGGAAACACAAUGCAGAGUUUUCCAUUUGUUUCGGGUCGUCCAAGAGGGAUCGCUCUAGAUGACCAAGGUUACAUUUACUUGGCCACGAGGGAGGGUCAGCUUUUGAGAAUUUCUCUAGAAGGCAAAUUAUGUGAUACUUUGAUAGAAGGUGUUGAAGGGUACGGAAGUUUAUGGGCAAUAUCGUUUAGUAAUGACUAUAAACAGCUGUUUGUUGUAACAGAGAAUGGAGGUUCUGUGUCUGUAUUUAAACUGAAAUAAACUGUAACAUUGUGUAUUUAAUUUCUAGUCCAAUAUUAAUGACCAUGUUAUAGGUACAUUUUGUAUUUAGAAUUUCCUAUACCUUGGGUUGACUAAAACUUUUUCUUUGUAAACAAAAUAAAGAUUGCGGUUG